AAUUUAUCUAAAUUGAUUUUAUUUUAAUUAUAUAGCACUUGUUGAGGACUGAUUGCAAGAGUGGAAUUGAGAUCAUCUGCAACACCGAAAAAGAAGGGAAGACUACCUUAGCCUUACAACUAUGUGAAUCGUUCCUAGUCCCACAGCUCCAAAAUGGGGACAUGUAUUGUAUAUGGGACCUGAUCUUCAUUUGGAGUAAACUGCAGCUUAAAUCUAACCCCUCAAAACAAGUAUUUGUUGACCAGUGCUACCAACUUUUAAGAAUUGCUACAAAUGUCAGAGUAAUUUUCCCUUUCAUGAAAGUCAUUAAGGAUGAAGUCGGUGAGGAUGGUCUUCAGAUAUGUGUUGAGAUAUGUGGGUGCGCCCUACAGUUGGACCUCCGUGAAGAUCCCACUAUGAAAAGUCUUAUUUACAAAGCAAUUGCUCACUUUCUGCCAAAUGACUUGGAGAUCCUCAGAAUUUGUGCGCUUUCGAUCUUUUUUCUUGAGCGCACUUUGGAAUCUUACUACACCGUUGAACAUUUAUAUAAAUGUGCAGAUGAAGAAUAUAAUGAAUGCGCUAGUUCCGUUCAAAACCGUGUACGUUUUGAAUUGCUUCCUAUUUUGAAAAAAGGUUUGUUUUUUGAUCCUGAGUUUUGGAAUUUCUUGAUGAUCAAGCAGAAUUGUUUAGCAUUACUGGAGGAUAAAGCUUUUGCUGGCUUAAGUGAAAGUACACUGGAAAACUCUACUGCAAAUGUAGAGAAGAUAACAGAGUAUAGGGCUAUGAGUGAGGAACAAGUCUGUUCAACAGAUGUAAGCAAUGGGGAGCUUGACCCUGAAGACCUCUCUGAAGCCCAGUCCAAAGGUAAUGCCAAAAAGAACCAUGAAGCUCUCGAAGCAUCUAAAAUGUUAGAUAAUACUUUACCAAGACACCGCUGUGUGAUAUGCAACAAGGAAUUCUUUGGUGAUCACAUUGUGAAACAUGCACAAGCUCACCAGAAGAAGGGCAGUUUUUCCUGUGUACUUUGCAACAGAAAAUUCAGGCAAAAAGGACUUAUGCUAAAGCACUUAAGGAAUCACGUCAGAAAGAUAGAAAGGCAACAUCUUGCUGCAGUUCUUGAGGCCAGUAAGCAGGCUCCGGUUUGUAAUGAACUAGAACGUUCUGAUGUUUGUCCCUCUCUUGAAAAUGGGAGUUCUGUUGGUUCUAAAGAGGAUGAACGAGAGAUUGCAAUAGUUGCAAAUGCAGACAUAGAACAGGAGAAGGCUAAACAGGUAUUCAAUGCAGUGGAAAACCAUCUAAGUGACCAGGAUGAUGUUACUGAAAAUAGUAGUUGUGACAGCUGCUUUAAUAAUGCUCCUGAUGCUUUAAGUACAGAAAGCUUGCCUGAAGAUGAUGAGAACUCCAGUAAAGAGUCACCUAUUCUGCAUAAAGUGAAUGGAGCUUUCUCUCCUCAAAAAUAUAUAGAUGCUAUGGAUCAAGAAGGAAGCUUGAAGUGCCCUGCUAAUGGUUGUGCUAGAGUGUUUAAAAAGAUCCGAUUUCUCAAUAAACAUGCAAGAAAAGCUCAUCCAACUGAUUUGAAGGUUCAGCAACAUAUAAUGAAAUGGAAUAAAGGAAAAUGUCGGUUCUGUCAGAGAAAAUUUGCCGAUUCCCAACAUUUUAUAGACCACCUGAAGAGACAUGUGUAUCCAAAUGUUUACUUUUGUUUACACUUCAAUUGUAAUCAGAGAUUUAAGCUGUCAACUGAGCUAGCAGAGCAUACAAAAAGUCAUAAUGUUUUUAAAGCUCAGUGCAAUUUUGCAGAGUGCUGUGAGCUAUUUGAGGAGCUCCCUUUGCUGUAUGAACAUGAGGCUCAGCAUUACUUAAGUAAAACAUCAGAAUGUUCAGAAGAUGCCAGUGAAAAGGAUUCUUCAGAUGACCCUUCAGAACUUGGUAGUUGCCAUGAUGAUGAUGAAUCUGUUAAUGAAAAAGAAACUGUAGAUCUACCAAUUCCAACUUGGAAGUCAAGGAAGGAUUCUACAGAACCAAAGACAUAUAUUCAAAGUAUCGAGAAGAAAGCAAAUAAUGUAAUGCAGAAUGGAAAUGAAAAUUCAUCUGAGGGCACUGCGACGGUUUUGAUAGACCAAAAGACACCUGUGUUACAGCCAAAUUCUGAAAACUGUAAUGUUAGUGACCAACUAGUCAAUGGGCACAGUGACCCAAAUCAAACAUCAUCAAAGUCAUCAGAAACACCUUUGGACAGAGUGGUAGAUGAAACAAGGACAGAGAAUGGGUCAGUGUUACCAGUUUUACAGAAUUCUCACGAUAUGCCACAGAAUAACGCUGCUGCCUCGCAACUACCUUCUAAACCAAAUCAGACAACAGAAAACACUUCAUAUGGUGUCAUCUUAACAAAACCAUAUGUUAGACCCUUGCCUCCAAGUUAUCUUGAUGAACGAUACAUUAGCAUGCCAAAACGUAGAAAAUUGUUGACUGAUAAAGUAGAUGCUCAUUCAGAACAAGAUAAAUGUUGUAGUAAAACAACAGAAAGAUUUAGAUGCGGCAACUGCUUGACCAUCUACUGUAAUUCAGAAGCACUUGAGGCUCAUCUUGCACAAAAGAAAUGUCAGACGCUCUUUGGAUUCGACUCAGAUGAUGAAAGUGCCUGAUUCAACGUUGUGGGAAAAUGUAUCAAAUGAGGAGUGGUGUAACAAAACACUACAUGAAGAAGCAGGAGUUUGUUUCCCAGUUGGCCUUAAAUCAUAACGCAUUCUCAAAUUACUAAAGAAAACAUGACCUUGAUAAAGACAAAGCACAUUUUCUAGACAGAACUCACAGAGGAAAAAUGGGAGCUCUGCAGCUUUUGAAUCCAGAAAGGUUACUACAAAAUCCCCAAAGUACCAGUUAUCCAAAAAGCCACAUCCAUUCCAAAUACGUGAUUGAAGCCUAGCAGCACGGUCUUUCUAGCACAAAGGUCUAAGGAAAACAUUGCAUACAGCUGAACAGGAAGAGAAAGCAGAGGCAUUAAUUGCCUUAUAUAAAUAAAAACAGCUGGUUGUGUAAGCUGCUUUAGUUAUAAAAUAUGGUUAGAGGCUCUUCAUCCACUCAGCUAAGAAGAAGUUGUUCAAGAAUGUGUCACUUUAUGAUGAAGUGUAUAAGAAAUGUAUAGAGGAACUAAAUGUUCUUUUUUUAAGAGUUCGAGUAUGUGAUUCCAUUAUCUGCUAAAAGGUGUGGAGCUUAUUUAAUAAACUAGUACUUGGAAUCCAAAAAGAAUAAUGGAGAAAAAAAUUAAGAUGGAUGGAAAGCUCUAACAGCAAAAAGAAAACCCAACUCUUGAAAGCAAAAAGUGCGUUGGUGUGAUAUUAAGUUCUGCAGAGCAGAAAUCAAAUGCAUGCAGGAGAAGGCCUUUACAAGUCUGUGGUUAAAAUACAUGUAGGUUGUCCCAUAAAACAUCUGUUUUACAUACAGGAAGGCCAAUACAAACAGUAAAUGCACAAGUUGUUUGAAUAUUAACAGAAGCAGAAUGAAACAAAUGCGGAGUGUGCAGAGGGGUAGACUUGCACUGCAGAGGAUAGUUUAAUUGAUUUUAUGCAAAUACAGGGAUCUUUCAGUUGUUGAUAUGACUGAAGAGAACUUGAAAAGUUUUCCUUUUUUUUUUUUUUAAAUUUUAUUUCUUUGUUUUAAAAAAAAGAAACAAUGACAGAUGAAACCAGGGGAUAUGUGUCAAGUUAGGAAAAAGAGCAGGAAGAGCUUAUUUCACACAUGUGGUAUUACCUAAUGGUGGUAGGUCACAACUCAAUAUUGUAAUAAAUUCUUUAGACAGCAAGUAAAGGGAGAAAAUGUGCAUCAACUCAGCCUCAAGAUACAGUACAACCGUAUCUAGCAGCAUCUCUUGAGGAGAUAGUCUUUCCCAGAAGUUAGUGAAGGAGCUAAGUUAAUGUUAAGCACUUUAUCCAGCAACUGACUGUUCAUAAAAACAAUCACAAAGUUUGUGAAGGUGAGAAUUUUGAGUCUUUCACCUGUCUAGAUCCCAAAGAAAGGCAGGAUGUUUGGAAGCAUGAGUUAGACUGGAUGAUCUUUAUGUUCCAUUCCAAAUCACUUUGAUUGUAUGAAACCAAAAAGAUGCUGUUACGGUCUUUGAUCUCCAGAGGUGUGGCAAACAUGCACAUUGUCUAAUUAAUGUGUUAAUUUAUCCUCUAAUAACUGUCUUACAAUAUCUUGCCAUAAAAGUUAUUUUUGAAGUCA